AUGGAUGGGUGGCUUAGUGUCUCAGUUCAUGUACCACAAAACUUGGUUGCACUUUUUGGAAUGUGUUCACCAUACAAUCCACCAGUAACAAAAAUGACAAUAUUAAAUUAUUUUAAGAUUGAUGAAGGAGAUGGUAGAGACAAAAUUUCAAAUACGAAUGGUUCCAUGGCCGAG